AUGGCUACGACUCGCGCCACCAUUUUGGGAUGGCUAAGCAGGCUCAUCCGGGACGACCGGGUUCUUUUUGGCUAUCUGGCCAUCAAUGCAGUGGGUUGGCUUAUGGGAGUGCGCGUGCUCCUCAAGAAGUGGCGAGACGAGGCCGAGAUUAAACCGGUGCAGCCCAAGACGCAAUAUAUCACCCAGGAGACCGAGGAUGCGCUCAAACUCGGCACGCUAGACACGCUUCUCGGUCAUUACAAUCAGUCGAUUCGUGAAACGGCAGCCAAGAUUGUCUGCGACAGAGCCGUCAAUGACAGGGAAACCGUCGAUCGGCUGCUCUGGGGUAUCACGCGCAAGGACUACGAUGAGCGCAUGAGGAAUUUGAGGGCUCUUGCCAUCAUUACAGAUCCUCAGAGUCUUGAGAGGCUACAUCGAUGGAAAGCAUAUGCUGCGUUGGUCAGGUGCCUGGAAUUGUCCCUUGACCCGGAGCAAGAAGUGCUCGAUGACGCAGACUGGGACGAGUACCCCUUGCGUGACAUGACGGAAAAGCUCUGCCUCAUGUUCAUCAGCCAGUUACUCAGCUGCUACGACGCCGAGAAACUGGUCAAGGCCAAGUUCGUAGAGAAAUGGCUGGCCAGACAGAACUGGGGGACGACCGAGGAGGAGAGGCAGCGGAAUUUUGCGCAGUACCUUCGUUGCAGAGGAAAUCGCAUCACUGACAUCGUCGCCUCGAUCCGGGGAACGCGCUCUGGCAGGGAAGCCCUGGAGAAGACGGGACUCUUACCCAGAUCACCUCCCUCGGAUACAGACAUCGAAGACAACAUCUCGCUGAUUGAACGAUUUAGCGUUUUGCUUUCAAGUAAUAUCAACAUCAGCAACCUGCGGGAGGAUGAGCAGGCACGUGUCCUGAUACGAUCUCUUCAGGGAGCACAGACGGCCGAGGAACAGCGUGUUAGGCAUCGUCACCGAGAAGCCAUGGUUCUGAAUGAUGGAACCCGCCCUCUGAACAGCGAAGAUAUCAUCCAGAGACCCGACUCUCCUAGAUGA